CAUUAGCCAAGUUAAUCAGUAGUCAACAUUAGUCAGUUGUCCCGCUUGAAAGAACCGACUCCCUCGCCCGAAUCGACUGGCAACGUUAAUUGUUCGAUUAAAAAAAGAGCCGAUUCAAAGAGUCGACACCUUCAUGAUUCAUGUAUUACAAUUGAACACAUGUGUUUAUAUUGGAUUAGAGGCCAGUGCGCUUCUUGUUACGAAACAGAUCUUAAUCACAAUGCCACGGGUCUCUCUUAAAACUAAAGGACUUUCGAAAAUACCCGGAUAGUUAAAGCUGGAAGCUUUUGGAAGAGUGAGGUAAGGGGAUCAUCUGAUACCGGCUUUCAACCAAGCUUGGUAUUGUUUAUGGCACCAUGACAUGAAUGAUUUAAUCUGAUUUAUGGCACUUUUAUUGAUAGUUCCUAGGCCGCUACAGGUGCCACCGGAGGCGUGUUAAUCCUCGACACAGGGCCGGCUUUGAUUAAUUCACCAGGUUAUUUUUUUAAACAUAACCCAAUGACGACUAAAGUCAUUUUUUUUUUUUUUAGAAAUUUCGAUAAUGUACGUAUUAUCUAAUUAAUGUUCGUUGUCGUGAAAUUGGCGACAUUCUUUUCAUUUAAUUUCUCAAUAUACUCGGCGUUAGCCUAGAGGCUAAUCGUCUCGCGCAUUUCUUUUCUUUUUCUUUUUUUCUUUUUCUUUUUUUUUAAGCUGCGCGCGCGAGUUCUGGACGUAUCACUUUCCGUCAUGUUUUAAGUGCACUGAGGGACCGAGACCGUAGCGAACCGCUAAGACGGCAAGUGCACUAGAUAGGGCGUCGAAAUAGUGCGCGGACGCGGAUUUGGACGCAGGAAGAAGCACGUGCCGUUAAAGACGUGUGUUGAACUGUCGUCAGGUCCGCGGCUUUUUCUCGUUCGAUACGUUAUCGACUUCCUGUGACCAAUUUGUUGGAUUUUCUUCUUUUGGAGCUGGAUUUAUUACACUAAAAUAAAAAGAGUCACUGAAAGAAGCGUCAUUAUGGCCACAGCUUUGGAAGACACCAGUGUGCUGGAAGAAGAGCUGACGUGUCCUGUUUGCCUUGACCUUUAUAGAGAGCCCCACCUGUUGCCAUGUGGCCACAACUUCUGCCUUCAGUGUCUGCGGAGGCUGAAGAGCCGCUCAGAGCGCGGUCGUCUGCGCUGCCCCGAAUGCCGUGAGAGCCACCGAUGCUCCACACAAUGGCAGAAGAACUUCAAGCUCGCCAGCAUCGCUGAUGGCUUUCGGCGGCGCAGCCGUUCCCAGCGGCCUAGCCAGAGCCGACCAGGACCAUCAUACAGGACCAGUGAGGUGCGCUGUGAUUAUUGUGGGCCGGACAACACUGGCGAUUCAGCCAAGAGAUCCCCAGCGGUGAAGACCUGCCUGAAAUGUGAGGUGUCCAUGUGUCCAGAGCAUGUGCAGCACCACCUUGAGCUCCCUGCCUUCCGUGAACAUCCACUGGUGGAGCCGCUGAGCGACAUGAAGAAGAGAAAGUGCACAGAGCAUGACGAGAUGUUUCGAUAUUACUGUAUGGAUGAGCGCAAGUUCCUCUGCAAUGCUUGCACCAUUGAGGGAGGGCACAACAGGCAUUCGAUCAAAACGCUCAAGAAUACCAUGAAGGAUCUGCGGGGGUCUCUGGACACACAACUGCAGAAGGUGGACAAGAAGAUCAGAAGAGUUGAGAAAAAUAUGCAGGAACAAAGAGAGGUGGAGCAGCAAAACAAGGCCUUGGUGGAACAAGUGGACAGGCAGGUGGACAUCCUACGAGGGGUUCUGAUGACCAGGCUGGAUGGAUUCCUGUCGUCGCUGAGCGAGUGUGUGCGUUCUUACGAGGGAGAGAACAGCCUCAUCAUCCAACAGGACUUGGUGCGAACUGAAGAGGACCGUAGUCGCCUGGGGGUCGUCCACGCAGGAAUCGAGCAGCUGCUACAGGAGAAUGACCCGUUCCAGUUCAUUAAGGAAUAUAUGUCAUGUGCCAAAAGUUACCACAGGCUUCUGAAAAGGCCAUUGUUUCAGCCACAAGCCGUGACAAUGGAUACAGAGGUCAUUGAGGAACGUAUGGAAGGAAAACUGGAAGAUUUUAUGACUGAUCAGCGGGAAAACAUCACCACGUUCAUUAACACCGUCUGUACAGGUGAUACAGCAAAUGAAGGAGAUGAAGGAGUGGAAGAAGAGGAGGAAGACAACAGCGAUGAAAACGAUAGCAGUGACAUAGACGAAGAGCAAGAGGAGGAGAUGAGCGAAGAUGAGGAAGUGUAUGACCACAGCGAGUCUGCUUAUGACUCGUCCCCCGAGGAGGAAGAGGAAGAGGAGGAUGCGUGAUGCUAUCCUCACUGAGCCUUCCCUACACUUGUAAGCACUUUGUUGCAUUUGCAAAAUUAAAAGUUAUUGUUCCUCUACCUUGUUUUUAUUCAUUUUUGAUAACCAAAAAUAUCUAGUAAAGUUUUCUAUCCUAGGCUGGUCUCUAGGGAAUUUGGAUGUGUUCUCAUCUAAAUAACAUUCAGCCUGGGGUCUGGAGUGUGUUUAACACAUGUAUUAAGAAAAAUAAUAUUAAGCAUCAUGACAUAAAACAUUUUGAAUAUACCUGAAGUUAUGUGAAAAUAAGUGGAAAAGUGUUUUGAUACUAACUAAAGUGACUGUGACUUUACGUAUGAGCAUCCCUUUAUGGAUGAAUGUGUUGGUGUAAUAUAAAAUUAGCCUCAUUUCAAAUUGAAGCACUGAAUGUAAUUGCUGUAUUUCUUUUCUAUAUUUCUUAACUUGUAUCAAGCACAUUUUUUGCACUAAAAAUUGAUAUUUACUGGGCAUUGAAUAUUUGUAUACACACUCCAUCCACUUUAUUAGGAACGUCAGUAUACUCAUCCCAUCUGCCCAUCAUGUGCCAGCAGCACAUGGCACAUAAAUCCAUGAAACUUGAAACUAUAGGUCAGGAGAUUCACACCAAACUUCAGAAUGGGGUAAAGUGUUGCUUAGAUCCAAGUUCUUGGCAGGCUGGAGUGGAAACUGAUCAGGUUGUGUGUUCUAAGAUUCUUUUCUGCUCAACAAAGUUGUAAAAA